AUGACGAUCUACUACCAUUUUAGGGAAUUCAAAAAAUGGGUAAAGGAACAUUUCGGACCUUUGGAAAAAGACUACAACCCUCACCAUGGCUUUGAGCCUUAUUGGCCGGGCGGCGACUGGCUAUUCAAGGAUCCCGAGCUACCUCCGCACGAGACCACCACCAAAGUCCCUCUCGUCUGCGGAGAAGAGUGCAACUACCUCUACACCAGAAUAGGGAAGGUGUGCGGGCGCCAAGUGAGCAAUGCAGAACACCACGUCUGCGUGACUUUCUUCGGCCUGUUCUGCAUCACGCCUCCGUACGACGAGUUCCAUCGCGGCUUCUACACGUUCGACACCUAUUGCAAGUUUCUGGACGCCCAGUGCCGCACUACGAUCGGCGAACGUUGGAUCUUAGUACACGAGGGCGAGUGCCAUAACAACCUCGACCCUUACUUCAGACCCAUUAACAACACGAAACAGCCAAGGCAGAGGUUGUCGACAUACUUCAAAAACUUGUCCAUGAGGUUCAAGGAUGCCGAUCUCCCGCCCCCUCUUCGACAGGGGGUCGCUAUGCCACUCGAUCGUUUAGGUCCACCCCCCGACUUACAAGAGCUUCUCCAGCCCGAGGACCUGGCCGCUCGUUACCCGAACACCGCGGCGGGGACGAUGGCUCUGCCCUACACGGUCAAGCAACACAUACGCAAUUUCAUGAAGAAUCUUAUGUUUGGAAAUUCUGGCGAUUAG